AAUAAAAAAUAAAACAACUAGGCGGGAACCGUCAUACAAGUGAAGCAGAUAUGCGCAGACACGCACUUUACAUGCAUACAUAACAUACACAUGCCAAACCGGACCAUGUCUCUAAGUAGGUAUUGUUUCUCGGCCCUACCGCCCCAAUAUAUCCAUCCCGUAUACCAUCUCACAUAGCAACUCUCCCCACGCUUUUAGUUUGAUUUAUCCUUUUUUAAUGAACCCUUGCCUUUCUCAUCAUACUACAUUCUUAGACUAAGUAGCCUAAGUUGAUCUUUGAGCAAACUUCAUAUUUUAUCUGGCCGUCCUCCCACCUCAUGGUCUAUCUCCUGGGACCUCAAGUCUUCUUCAACUACCUCAACAUCUCUACGCCUUUCCACACAACACCUCAUCAAGAUGAUGCCCACUCUCUUAGGGGCCAACAUGCCCCACGUCCCUCUUCAAAACUUCGCCUCAGACCCAACUUUCGCCGAACUAUCACGGCAGCUCGCCAUGUCAGAUUCGAUGCGUAGGAUAUCCCGUGGUUCGGCCGGACAACGAUCUCAGAACACCAUGCGUGUUGUAAAGCCCAGCAGUGCUAGUAACAGCCCACAGGCCAUGAUGGCACGCCGGAGGACUAUGAUGAACGAUAGCAAUCUUACCCGCCGACGGCAACAAGUUUUAGACCAGGCUGUCAUGCAGCAAAUGCAAGACUACACGUCCUAUUCAGCACCUGUUGAAGACCCCAUCAAGAGGAGUAACCGGCCAGUUAGCUGGCACCCGAGCUCACAUAUUCAACAACAACAAAUGCAUAUACCCAUGCCACAACAGCCAGACUUCUCACAAUAUGUCGUCCCGACGCCUAUGGCAUACCAUCAACAACCAGAUAUUUACUCUGGAUACCAUAACUUACCUCCAACCCCUGCUAUUUACUCCGGGCAGACUUCACCUAUAUCCUCCAUGUCUCCACUAUGCCUGCCAUAUACAGCAUCUUCUCAACCGCAAGUUAUGCCAACAUACAUCUCGCAAGAGGCGUGGAAUCCCACGCCGCAAUACAACCCCAAUUCUUACACGACGAGCUGUAAUCCCGGAGAAACGGAACCUUUCCCGUCAUUCACAAAUCAAGUCCCAUUCAACUGGGGAGAUGGCCUUGCUGCUCAGGGAUUCAAUGUUUGCACGGCACCUCCAACGCCGGAUGAAUUCCAGGCCGCCCAGCAACCAGAACCGGCGGUUCCUCCUGAGGAAUCCAUACCGUACCAGCCACUUGAAGAGCCAGAGGAGGAAGAAGGGGAAAUAUUGGUAGGAAUGGGUCUAUAUGACCCACCAAAGACAGAAACGGACCCAGGACUAGAUAACUACCGAACAACGACUUCGCAACUAUUAGGAACAACCUACAGAAGAGGACAGGGAUGGAAACUAGAGGAGGCUUGGGAACCACCAGCAUCAGACGACGAAGAUGGCGAGGGAGACGAAGAUGAGGAGGACGCAGAAAAGGAGGAUAAAGAAGAGAAAGAAGAGAAGGAUAAGACAGCAGAGUCAGCCGCGGCCGAACAAAACUGGAUCUAGUCCAGCAGUGUUUUCCAGGACAAUCGUUUGCACUCAUAUCUGGGUGUAUAUAGAAGACAAUUGGUGGCCUUUUGAAGACUACUUGUGCUAAAGAGGGAGGUAUGCACAGCAUAGAUAGACCAUUAUCAUAAAAAAGACUUGAUAUUUAGGUCAUAGUUAGUGUACAGAUGAGGCACUCAACUUUUGAUCCGCUCAAAAAAAUCAAGAAAAUGCCAUUUGGGAAUUUCACUCAACUACAA